AUGUCGGUAUUUGUCACCUCGCGCUUAGCCGGACGUCAUCAGCAUGCGCCUACGCCCACGAUCGCCGCGAACCUCAUCACCGAAGAUGACCCACAUCGACUGUCCCGUGAUCUCUUCUACGCUCCUUUCGUUCCGUUUCGUUUCGUUUUGACCGCGCACGGGUACCAAUAG